UAUUAUUAUUAUUAUUAUUAUUUGAAUGCUCUUCUUUUGUUUACCUUUUGUUCAUUGCUGUAUAGUUAUCAGGCUUUAAUAAUAUCAUAAUUCGUGUCACUUGUUCUAUCUUUGAAUAGUCUUGUUUAGAUGUCUUGGUAUAAUGCUCAUGUGCUUCCUUGAUUGCAGUAGAUAAUACUGGUAUUGGAAUUCCAAGCCUUGAUUCUACCAAGACAAAAGGAUAAUAUUCCUUUCUUGAUAGUUCUUGUUGUGGUAUCAAAUCAUACAAUAGUCCCAACUCAGUUACGUCAUUCUCUUUCAGUAUCUUUGCUAAUGUAAGAUAUAUUUGCAUCUGUUGUUACUCUGCAAAGAAAUCAAUUUUUUUUUUCUCUUGUAAAAAAAUCAUUUUUUUUUUCUGUUUCUUCUUUACUCUAGUCAGCACUCAUGUAUUCAGAGCACAACCAUCCAAUCAACACAUACAUUCCGUCAGAGUAUUCACCUUAUAAAGAUACUUCUGAUAGUAACAGCAUCAUAAUCUCUGUUCAUAAUCCUGGUCAUGAGCCCGCUGUAAGAGUAAGAGAUAUCGAAGCAGAGAGACCACAACAGGGCAGUAGACAACGAAAAAAUGAAUUUGAACCCUAUCUGAACGGUGACAUUACCAACAUUUCACAAUUUACAGCAGCACAGAUUGAACAUCCAAAGACACCAAGAAAUCAACAGAUCGAAUCUGUAGAUCAAGAAGACAAAACAGCAAAUAUUAUCAACUUACUUUGUGCAGAACCAUAUGAUUAUAAGGCACUUCAAGAUCCAAAAUGGUUUGAUAGAGAAUCAAUCCACGAUAUCGAAAAGAUAGCCUUGCCUGAAUUCUUUGAAGACGGUCCAUUAACUCCUGAUGACUAUAUUCGCUAUCGAAACUGUAUCAUUGAUACAUACAAGUCUAAUCCAGAAUAUUAUAUAACAGUCUCUCAUUGUAAACCUAAGCUAAUGAAUGUCGACCUGGUUACUCUUGUCAGAAUUCAUAAUUUUUUAGAAUCAAAUAGACUGAUAAAUGCAAUGAAUGAUCCACGAAGAAGAAUAUUCGAUCCAUAUAUUGACAGUAGCCCUGAACUAUGCAUUCCUCCUGGGUCACAACGAGACUUUAAGGACAUUUCUAAAGCAGACAUACAGUAUCUGAAGGAUUUAGUAUACGAUAUAUCAAUUACAAAGAACUCAAAACCCUGGAAUCUUUCUAUUGAAGAUCCUUUAAAUCCAGACAACAGAAAGAAAUACAAUUGUAGUACUUGCAACACAGACUGUAGCGAAAUAAGAUAUCAAUCAUUAAAGUUUAAGCAUGUUCAAGUAUGUGUCAAUUGCUUUCUGGAAGGUAGAUAUUCAGCUGUGUUAUCAAGCGGGGACUUUUUACGCAUAGAGGACUCAGGCGCUGAAUUGAACAUGGAUGAUGAGUGGACGGAUAUGGAAAUACUAAGAUUAUUAGAAGGCAUUGAGAAAUAUGAUGAUGACUGGUUAUUGAUAUCUGAGCAUGUUGGAAGUAGAACUAAAGAACAAUGCAUAACCCAGUUUUUACAGUUACCUAUCAAUGAUGAUUUCCUUUCAACAAUUCCAACUGAUUCAGAAAUGAAAGAAGUACCAUUUGGUGAAUCACCCAAUCCUGUCAUGACCAUGAUUGCUUUUCUAUCAGGACACGUCAAUAGUGGUGUAGCUUCGGCUGCUGCUAAAUCAGCAAUGCAAACCUUGAUCAAAUCCGGUGAAGAUAAUGCUACAGAAGAGCGUAGGUCAGACAAUGUCAAACAGGAAGAAAUGGAGAUAGAUAGUCUUGAUGACAAGGGCAAAGAAUUGGAAAAAUCACAGCUACCAGAAGAAAAUGAAGGAGCCUUUUCAAAGGAAGCAAUGCUUAAAGCCACAACAACAGCUCUAAAAACAGCAAUUGAAACAGCACGUAAAUUAGCAGCUUACGAAAACGAAGAGAUUCAGCAUUGGGCAAGAUUAGCAGUUAAGACAACAGUAGAGAAACUAUCUCUUAAACUUCAACAAUAUGAUGCACUAGAAACCUCGCUAGAGAAUGAGCAUGAAGAAAUGGAAAAGCAAGCGUCAAUUUUAGCAAGCUCUAUAGAUACUUUAAUGACUCAGCAUCAUCCUUUAACAGAAGUAGAAAUUCCAACUACAAACAAUGCUUUUAAUUUAUCAUAAAUAAUUAUAAACUUGUACAGUCUUUUUUUUUUUUAAUCUGAAUUAGGCAGUGGAUUUUUGUAAAUUUAAUUAUAGACAAACGUGAUAGACACUAUAGUCAUUUUCUGCAGACUCUUGUCAAAACUGUUUUAAUCAAAAAGCCUGUUAUUUUGAUAAAAAAGACACAUUUGCUGUGUAAAUUUAUUUGUCUAAUUUUACUGUGCAAGACAUACGUGAUGCCAUUAAACCUAACGUGGUUAACAUUUACUCUCAAUUUAGGCAAAUCACUGGGAUAUUUAUUUUACCGCUGUCAUUUUUUAAGGACCC